AUGCUGUCUUCACGCCAUUUCCUGGAUCGAUACACAACAGACAUUUGCAACUCGACGCUUCUUACGAACGACGCGUCAUUAAUUCUUAAGGUGAGUCGCAUUUACAGUUUUCUCUUCAUUUAUCUCUUUACCCUUUCUUACUGUCAUCUUUUUACUCAUUCACUAUCUACUUUCUUUUCUUUUCUUUUCUUUUCUCUCUUUUCUUUCUUUCUUUCUUUCUUUCUUUCUUUCUUUCCGAUAGUGUCAGUCUAUUUUCCUUCUCUUUCCCUUACCCUUUCCACAACGUUCUGUUUCUUCAACAACCAAAAAGAAUCCAUAGCUCUCUUUCUGUCUGUCUCUCUUUCUCAGACUUCCUUCUCAGAAUAUCUUUUUCAAUCCAAACACCUUCUUUCUUACCCCCCCCUUUCUCUUUCUGAUCUCUUUUUCUCACCCUUGUUACUCCCUACCCAACUCCCCUGUCAUCAUUCUCACACUUUCUUUCUUUCUUUCUAUCUUUCUUUCUUUCUUUCUUUCUUUCUACUUUCUUUUUUAAUCUUUCAUUCUUGUCAAAUCUAUUUUCCUUCUCUUUCCCUUUCCAUAACAUUCUCUUUUCUUAGCCUAACUAUCAUUCUUAAGGCGUUUCAUUCUUUGCAACUCAUUCUUUUCAACCCUCUUCAGAAGCUUUCGUUCUUCUUUUCUCUGUCACAAGAUCAAACUCUCUAUGUGCCUGAUAUGAACCCCCCUAUCUCUCUCUGUAUUUCUUUUUCGAUCUCCCUCCUCCAAGUUUUUCUUACCCUCUCUAUUUUCAAGUUUUCCUUUCUUUAA